AUGGGUUCCGAAAUGGACACUUUCGCCGCUCGCCUGGCCAGCUUUGAUCUUGUGUUGAAGCCUGAGAAACGCAGAUCUUCCGGCGCAAAGACACCAAAGGCGAUUACAUGGCCGCAUCAGCGACCUUCGCCAGCUGAGUUGGCGCACGCCGGGUUCUUCUACAAGCCAUACGAGACGAAUCCCGACAACACAACAUGUUUCGAAUGUCACAGGGCGCUAGAUGGCUGGGAGGAGGAAGACAACCCCAUCACCGAACAUCUCAAGCAUGCGCCUGACUGUGGAUGGGCCAUUAUGAUGGACAUUCAACAAAACAGUUCCAACCCUUCUUCUAUCGAAGACCCCACAAACGAGCGUAUCACACAAGCACGAGCGUCGACAUUCGGGUCAGCCUGGCCACAUGAUGGGAAACGAGGCUGGCUCACAAUAGUACAGAUGGUUGAGGGUGGAUGGUAUUUUUGUCCGACGGAAGAGAGCAACGAUCUGGCCAGCUGCGCUUAUUGCAAGUUGUCUCUGGACGGAUGGGAGCCCAAGGAUGAUCCUUUUGAGGAACAUUACCGCCGCUCUUCAGAUUGUUCAUUCUUUGUGUUCGCCCAGCCCCCAGGAAAGAAGGGCAAAGGACGUGCUAAGAAAUCUCGUGUUUCCAAAGCAACAUCUCGUCUUUCGACUCAGUCAGUUGGCACAGUUGCCUCCGAAACGCCCGAGGUCGAUAUGGACGACUCAAUGGACCAGAGCAUGAUGUCCCAAUCUACUACGAAAUCGAAACCUACAAAGAAGGCACCCAAAGGAAAGGGCAAGGGAGCUAAAAGCAAGAAGGAAGAACAAGCGGAGGUCGAAAUAGAGACCGAAAGUGCAGAGGUUGCUGAGCCAGAGCCUGCCAAGGCCAAACGUAUAGGCCGGGGAAAGAAGAGGGCCAGUGAGGAUAUCAGCAAGGAAGAAUAUGACCUAGAGCCAAUUGCUUCGGAGAAACCAGAGCAGGUACAGCCGGCUGAAGAACCCCCUGCCAAGAGACGGGCAACAAGAACACGAAGCAGCAGCAUUUCUCGUAAUUACAACUACGAACGCAGUGACUCAGCAAUGCCUGAUGCAGACACGGUGGAUGACGGUGCUUCGGAGGAAGAAACAAGGAGGGGUCGCAAGCCCACAAAGAAGAAAGCUUCCAAGGCCCGUAAGGUCUCUGAUGUCUCCGUUGCAUCAAAACCUACUUCAAAGGCUCGUGCUCCUCGCGAUUCGGAGAUAGAAGCAGAAAUCGAAGCAGGCCUCGAUGCUGAUCCCGAACCUGUUGAGGCUCAACCUGAACCCAAGCCAGAGCAGGAGCCAGAGCAGCCACAUGCUUCUAAGAAGUCCAAAACAACCAAAAAAUCCAAGGCUGUGGCAAAGUCCCCCGAGCCCAUCCCGCGGGAGCAAAUGGACCAUGCGGCUGAGGAGGAUCAUACGGAACUUCAAGCCGAGCCAGCCCCCGAGGAGGUACCUGAGCCGCCACCUCCCAAGACCAAGACGGCCAAGGGAUCCAAGAAGAAGGGAACAAAGAAGGCCAAGGCCGAAGAGCCAAAAGCAGAGUCACCAGAACCCCAGGAAUUUUUGGAACCUAUGGUAGCCGAUGAUAGAUAUGAGCCGGAGCGCCAUGAAUCUUUUAUCUCUGUGGAAAUCAUUAACAAAGAGCCUGGGCCUUCACCUAAACCUGAAGAAUCCGCACAGCAACCUGAAGAAUCUGUUGCUAAGUCGAAGAAGAAAGGCUCCAAGAAGAAAGACGUACCGGCACCCAAGGAGAAGAAGUCCAAGAAAGCUGAGAAGAAAGAGCCACCUCCGCCUCCCGAAUCCCCAAUCGUGGAACAUGAGAUCGAGCCAUCCGUUGACGAACAGGAUGAUGGAUUUGAGACAGCGGAUGAUUUGCCUGAUCAGAUUGAGUUAGUCCAGCCUCCUCCAGAGUCUUCUCCACAGCAACAACGAUCGCAUCGAACAACACCCAACUUGCCACCAAAAACCGCGAAAAGAUAUAGUGAUAUUCCCCAGGAAGAGCACCUCGCGGAAACCAUCGCUCAUUCUUCCCCUCAUGAUAUGCGCAACUCUCGACAAUCUGACCGGGCUGUCUCUCCACUGCCAUCGACUCACCGGAGUACGCCUUCCAUGUCUCCGCAGUCAUCCGAUGCUGAGAACAGACCUCCAUCGUCACGACCUUCGGCAUCUCGUGCAAAUGAUCAAUCAACACCCAAGGAGCCCAAGUUCCGAGCCACUCUGACAGCUAGUACUCCGUCUCCAUCUAAGCGGAAUGUCAAUGCUGGAUUCGGGCCUUCGGGUCAUCCGUGGACUCCAAUUGAUAUCGAUGAGGCUCUCUUCGGAGACAACAGCGACAAGGAGAAUGCCGACCUGGCUAGCCUUUUCAGGGGUGUUAAGGGCGGACUGACCAGCCCGGAGAAGAAGAUGACGGUCCAGGAAUGGAUCGCAUGGAAUGCGAAGAACGGCGAAGAACGCUUGAAAAGAGAAUGUGAGCGACUUGUCGGUCAAUUUGAGAAGGAAGGCGGCCGAGCAAUGCAACGGAUAGAAGCGAUCGAGUGCAUCGACUAA